UAUACUUACCUAACUAUAUUUUGUAACGGUACGGUAGUAAAUAUUAUAUUCUCUGAUCUAAAUUCUGUAAUCAGUAAUCACAAUAAAUCUGUAAUUCGUUGUUGACAAACAAUACCUAAUUGUAUAUUAUUUAAUAACAAAGUUUUCGCUAUUUAUUUGUAUUUGAUACAACUAAAUAAUGCGGAGCUUGUUCUGUUAGUUAUUUAAUAUUUCUUAACGUUUUUGCACAAAAAACUAUGAAUAGAGAUAGCGAGCAAGAGAUCACCGCAGGUCGGAGAGCAACAAAAGAAAAGCUAAAGAGUGAUAGCAGGGAAAAUUCUAGCAGUAGAAAGAGAGUUAAGCCAAAUCAAGAAAGUGAAAUUGAAAAAACAACAAGAAAACCAAAAAAAGCUGUUUUUGAAUUAGAAACAGAUCCAAUAAUAUUAACAAGGCGGCAAAAACAAAUUGAUUAUGGUAAAAACACUGUAGGUUACCAUAAUUAUAUUAAAAAAGUUCCUAUUGAUAAAAGGAAAAAGGAAGACCCUAAAACCCCAGAGAAAUUCACUAAAUACAGUAGGAGGUCAUGGGAUAUGUUAAUUAAAAUUUGGAGAAGAAAGUUACAUGACUAUGAUGAUAGUGCAAAGGAUGUUAAGUUUGAGUCGGACAACCUCAAUGAAGGCCUGUCUGAUGAACAAUAUGAUGGUGCCAUGGAUGUUAAGGUUGAGUUUGAUGACCUUGAUGAAGGCCUAUCUGAUGAGCUAGAUGAUUAAUAGAUAAUAAGAAUAGGUUGGAUUGAUCUGACAUCUUAGCAACACAUUCAGAAUGUAACUAACAUCUCUCAAAGAGUUUUAUUUUGAAAACAUAAUGUACCACAAUUUAGAUUCGCCUUGGGGCCUAUUGGACAGCAGUGAAGAAGUAUUAUUUGUGUAUACAAAACAGUAAUAAUUGGGCCUAAUUAUGAAAAAAGGUACUGAACUGAAACAGCGGAAGAUCUAUUAAUAUCUGACAAACUUAUGGCCCAAGCACACAUAAGUUUGUUUGACUGGGCUGUUUACGGACAUUCUCUUGAAUAAAUCACUGUGGAUGUCCAAUCACAAUCACAUACUUAAUUUAUGACAUAUAGCUUUCCACAGGAUGUCAAAUAGAUGAAAAUAACAGCUGUAGCACUAUUUGUGUUUCUACUUGAAGGGCACCAUAGCUAGUGGACAUUACAGGGCUACCAAGGCUUAAGAUCUUGUAAAUGUUGCAAGUACAAAAACAAUAGGAAAUAUGUAUAUUUUUAUAUAUUUUAAUUCCAUUGCUUAUAUCGCAAUAUAAUAAACAAAAAAUAUUAAACACCGAAAUAGUAACUUAAAAGAAUUUAAGAACAUUGCUAAAAAUAGCCAACCGAUGCGGACACCUACAACUUUUGCGAUUGGUGAGACCGAACUGAUGUCAUAGCUCAUAACAAGAAACAAACAAAGAAUUGGAAAAACAAGAUUGUGAUUGUGUCACUUUAAAAAUAUUGAUGUAAUUGUAAGUCUAAAGUAAUAAAUAAAUAAUGAAAA